AUGACCAAUUACGUGAUGGAUAUGACUGUAUGGGCCGUUUUUACCUCAUGGAUGGUCCAACACGCCGCUCAAGGGUCGUGUCCGAUGGGAUCUUUUGGUUAUCUCUGUCAAUACGCGUGCCACUGUCAGUACGGGGCCGCCUGUCACUCUGUUACCGGGGAAUGUUUCGAGGGGUGCGAGUUUGGCUGGACCGGAAAACCAACCUGUCAAAUACAAAACGUUGCGUUGGACAAAGUGACCCACCAAAACGGCCACAAUACAUCUGUGUUGGCUGUGGAUGGAGUACGUCAACAGAAUGGCUCCACGGGACGCUGCACGCGGGCCUACAGUACAACCAAUGUAUUCAGGGUCAAGUGGUACGUGGAUCUUGGGAGGGAAUACCACAUCAAGCAGAUCAAAAUUUACUUCAGAAACGACGAACCUUAUAAUGAAGGUCGUCGGAAAGGAGUUAGAGUAUACGUCUCAAACACUCCCGUGUUUACCAGUGGAGCUCUUUGUUAUACAAGUCAGAUACAGAGCAACAAGUUCUUUACGCCACCUGACCUUCUGACGUUGAACAACUGUACUCACAAAGCCCGCUACGUCACGGUAUUUAACCAACGUCCCAUCGUCAACCCUGCUGCAUGCCCCCAUACUGACUAUUCCUGUUGGGCCAAUCUAGAAUUAUGUGAAGUAGAAGUAUAUGCAUGUGCCUUUGGGACAUACGGAGCGAACUGUGAGCACCAGUGUAACUGUAAAGGAGAGACAUGUGACCCCGAGACAGGACUCUGCCCGGCAGGCUGCUCAGAGGGGCGGAGGGGUCCAAAAUGUGACCAGGAUUGCCCGGCAGGUCUAUUUGGCGAGAACUGUGCCAAUUUCUGUGGAUACUGUCUGAAUGGUCAGUCAUGUGACGCAGUGUCCGGCAAAUGUCCGGAUGAAAAGUGCGAAGCAGGCUGGGAAGGAGCCACUUGUAAAAAAAAAUGUGAAAAAUAUAAGUAUGGAGACGGCUGCCAGUUGGACUGUGGACAUUGUCUUGGUCUCAAAGACUGCGAAAAAUCAUCUGGAAUUUGUAAGGAGGGUUGUCACAACAAUUGGUAUGGACCGCACUGCAAUUACUCUUGUCCGAUUGGAACCUACGGUGGUGCCUGUGACAAGAUUUGUGGUAACUGUGCAGAAAGUGCGCCUUGUCAUUCAACAACGGGGGUGUGUCAACAAGGAUGUCAGCCCGGAUACAUGUCGGAGCGUUGUGACCAAAUGUGCCCCAGGUUUACCUAUGGGAACGGCUGCUUUGAACGCUGCGGAAACUGUGCAAAUGGUGCCACCUGUGACCACGUGACGGGUACAUGUUCACAGGGAUGCAUGCCGGGAUAUACCGGGAUAAAAUGUGAUGCAGUUUGUGAGAUUGGAUUCUAUGGAGAAAAUUGUCAGUUGCCAUGUGACAGUUGUCGUGACUUAAAAUGCCAUCACGUGACGGGCCAGUGUCUGGACAACUGUCGUCCAGGGUGGAAGAACAUGCCAUUUUGUGAUCAAAAAUGCACUCCGGGGAUGUUUGGUGAUCAGUGUAUCAAUAUUUGUGGAUUCUGUAAAGAUGGUCAACCAUGUAAUCACGUGACUGGUGAAUGCCAAAAUGGUUGUAAAGCGGGAUGGAGAGGAAUACAGUGCUCAGAAACUUGUCCUUUGAACAUGUAUGGAAAGCAAUGUUUGUUGGAGUGUGGUCAUUGUAUAAGAAACAGUACUUGCAAUCCGGAAGACGGAAUUUGUCCAGAGGGAUGUCGGGACGGCUACAUCGGUAGAAAAUGCAUUUCGGCGAAAUCGGAGCAGAUGCCACCAAUGACGGCUGUGGUUGGAGGAACGGCAGGUGGCACCAUUUUUGCCGUCCUGCUUCUUAUCUUGGCAGUUAUUCUCAUCAGAAAGAAGAAAGAAAAAAAUCAAGAGAAUUCUACAACCGUGGACCGAAACAUGAAUGCACAGUAUGCAAACGUGAUGUUUGGUAAUUUGGAAGAACUGGAUAAUCGAAGCUUCCGUAUCAGUGCUAGUUCUGCUGUGUACUAUAACCUCGACAUCGAGCGAGGUAUACACAUCGACCAACUCAACGAGUACAUACACACACUGGAGGCUAACCCUGAUAAGUACCAGGCACAGUUUGAUGAACUUAAAGAUUGUCCUAGGUUCCUUCAUAUAGAGGGACAAAAGAAGGAGAACAAGACGAAGAACCGGUUUCUGACUACGUUUCCAUAUGACCAUUCAAGGGUCAUUUUGACGUUUAUGAAGGAUGAAUGUGGGUCAGAUUACAUCAAUGCAAACUACGUAGACAGCAUGGAUGAGCGAAAGAAAUAUGUAGCAACGCAAGGUCCCAAGAGCAGCACUGUAGUGGAUUUGUGGAGAUUGGUUUGGCAGGAGAACGUUAAUCAAAUUAUCAUGCUGACAAAUAUCAUAGAGGAUGGCAAGGUGAAAUGCGAGCAAUACUGGCCGGAGAAUGACGAACCCUCAACCUAUGGACGUCUGGUUAUCAGUCUGCAGUCCGUCAAAGAUUUCGCUAACUAUAGUCUACGCCAAAUCACUCUCUCUUAUCAGAGAGAAGUGCGGUCGGUGCGACAGUACCAUUUCACAGGUUGGCCGGACCAUGGUGUUCCAGAAACUCUAGAACUGGUACACUUCCUGAAACAAGUUCAGUCAUGUGACCUGUAUGGUCAAGGUCCUAUGUUGGUCCACUGCAGUGCUGGAGUUGGACGAACGGGUACCUUCAUAGCGUUAGAUUCCCUACAUCGACACGGACUAAAAAUCCAGUUUGUUGAAAUCCUAGGUUACAUUAAAAGAAUGCGAGAAUGUCGGAUGUCCAUGAUACAAAAUGCGGACCAGUACAGAUUGUUGCAUUUUGCACUCCUAGAAGCAUUUACAUAUCGGGAGACUGCUGUACCACAAAUAGAAUUUAUGAAGUACUAUAGAAAAAUGUGCCAGCGAAAACCGCGUCUCUUGUAUGAGGAAUUCCAAAUUCUUAUUGACAGCAAACCUAAGUACGUGUCCAUGGACUGGACAGCAGCCAUAACAGACGAAAACCAAUUGAAGAAUCAAUCGUCUGCUGUCCUUGCUGUUAAAUGUAUAAUUUUAUUUAUCUUUGAAAAUGAUGCAUGCAAUAAACAGUAUUUUUGUUGUUCUUUAAAGGGAUCAGGAGAAACAAGGGGUGUUACCUCAUUUCACCUGAACGGCUGGCCAGCGGAUCGCGAAACUCCACAAUCUCUGCCGGCGAUGUUAUCUGUUAUAAAGGAGGUCCAACAGACAGUGGAAUCCACAAGUCGCGUUCUGGUCAUUUGCAAGGAUGGUGCCAAAUGCAGCGGUGUGUUUUGUGCUCUAAGUCUUCUCCUGGACCGUAUCAAGAUUGAGGGUAAAGUCGACGUUUUCCACACCGUGCGGAAACUCCAAAUCCGAAGACCGCAGUUUAUUCAAAACAUUGAGCAGUACAGCUACUUGUAUGACGCCAUAGCGGAACAUUUGAACAGCGCAGUGUACGGGAAUGUUUGAUAGACUUAUUGAGCAGUGUGCAACCUGUCGCGACUCACAGUAUAGAUGUAUUCUUUGCUUUGUUGCAUCUUAGGAGCUGAAUCUGUUACCUGCGGAGUCUCUAAUAUCACAGAAAUUACGCGUAUAGUGAAAAUGACAAUCUGUUGCUCAGUAAACAAUUAACCCGUCCUUUAUUUCACGGAGAAUCUGAUAGUAAUGACAAUACAGCGGACCCGAUUGUAAAAUUGAUUCCGAUCGCAGUCAAAUCCACAAACCUUUUAUGUCAACUAUCCAAAAUUAUUUUUAUUCAUUUAUACAAACACUGUUGCAA